AGUCAACGUUUUCCUCUCCAUCGGUUCGGAUGCAUUUCUCGGGAGAAAGUAUACGAUUGUAGGACACACGCGCGCGUUGUGUUGUUCGGUUUGGGUCGCUUGGGGGAAAUCACCGGAAGCGUUUACUCAACAAGUCGAUUAAACUUGUGGGCGGAAUGUCACGACCACCUGUUAUUAGAGAUUUGCAGGAAUUUCUAGAGCCGGUGCUGGAAUCGGGCACAAAAGUGUUGGGGUAUCGGGCGUCCUUCUUGACGGCUCCAGGUGAUAACUAUGGGAGUACCAUGCUCGCUGUGGAGGUGGACGUUACGGGGACGGACAACGAGCAGCCGAAGCAACUGCAACUGGUCGCCAAAAUGAGACCGGCCAGCGAGGAAUUUCUGGAGAUAUUUCAAAUUGACAUAACGUUCGUGAAGGAGGCGGCGGUCUACUCACAGAUUGUCCCCGCGAUGGUGACGCUGCAACAGGAAAUGGGCUUUCCGGAAACGGAAACAAUUGACGUUUUUUGUCGUUGUUACAAUGCACGCGUUUCGCUGGACCCCACUAGCAGGAAGGUGGACGCCGAUGGUGUGAUGCUUUUGGAGAACCUAAAGCUCGAUGGAUAUCUAACCGAAGAUCGGCGGAAAGGAUUUCCACCACAUAUUGCGGAAUACAUUCUCAAGAAACUCUCCUUAUUCCACGCUAUUCCCAUUGCCCUGCGGUAUUUGAAGCCGGAAGUGUUCAAAUCGAAUCUGCAGCAGUAUCUGAUAAAGUUUGAUAUUGACGCUGGCCUUGGUGAGCAAACUAUAGACAAGAUGGUAAAAGUAAUGCGUACUGAUUUAAUCAAGGCCGGCGUAGACACUCAGUUAGCGGAACGAGUGAUGAGUGCGGUUGCCGAGUGCCGCAAACGACAGGCCAGAUUACUAUCGGACGAAAUGACACCGUAUUGUACGAUGCUGCAUAACGACUUGUGGGUAAAUAAUAUGAUGAUCAAAUAUGACGCGGAAAUGAAGCCACUGGGAUUGAAAUUUGUCGACUUCCAACUUAUUCAGAUGGAUUCCUUGGUGAGGGAUGUGCUAUUUUUCUUACUGACGAGCGUCAGUGAUCCAGACUUAGAAAACAGUUUAGAUGAAUAUUUCGAAAAAUAUUUCCUAAACUUGCUGACGGAUUUAACCAAACUUAAAUGUCCCAAUUUAAGUCAAUUCACUUAUGAGAGUUUCCAGGAGGAAAUCAACCGUGUCGCACCGCGGGAACUGUACCACAUAGUGGCUAUGCUGCGUGUAGUGCUGGCGAGAAAGGAGUCCAUUCCAGACCACAGCGAACUGGAUGCGGAACUAUUCUGCAACGAUAAUCUUGUCGAGAAGGAUUUCUACGACAAAUUGCUGGUGGUGGUUAAAAUCUUUGCCAAAAAAGGAUGGCUUUAACUUCGAAAUCGAAUUCUAAACGUGACAAAUAAAUAUAUGGGUGUACAUAUAAAUAGUGAAAAUUAGAAACAAAAUAGAAGAUAUAUGUAGAAUAAAAUGUUGAAUGAUGUAAUGUUAUGUAAUGAUGUUACAAAACUUGUGGUGGAAAGAUAUUGUAGGCUGUUUAUGUCUAGCAAAAAUGAGUUUUAUUAAAGACAACAUUCCGUAAGCAAAAAUUAA